AUGCUUGGCUUUGAUCGGCUCGACGGCGAUUUGAAAGGAGUCGUGAGACUAGAGAUGAAGAACCCCAAGGCCAACGCGCUGGGCUUGAAGCUGAUCUCGGAGCUAGAGGAUGCCGUCGAAGCCGUUUCUCGAGACGGGUCGGUCCGAUCGGUGGUUCUGAGCAGCGGAGUACCGGGGGUGUUCUGCGCCGGCGCCGACCUCAAGGAGCGUGCGGUGAUGACCAAGCCGGAAGCCGAGCUGUUCGUCGUGAGACUGCGAUCGCUCAUGUCGAAGGUGGCCAGCAUCCCGGCGCCUACGAUAGCCGUUGCGGAAGGCGCCGCGUUUGGCGGAGGACUGGAGCUGAUGCUAGCGUGCGACGUGCGUGUUGUCGGCGCGAAGGCCACGAUGGGUUUGACGGAGACAAGUCUCGGGAUCAUUCCGGGGGCUGGAGGCACACAGCGCCUUCCUAGACUCAUCGGUGCGUCCAAAGCCAAGGAGCUUAUCUUCACGGCCAGAAGGGUGGACGCUGUGCGCGCGCUUGAGCUGGGCAUGGUGAACGCGGUCUUCGACGCCGGUCAGGCGGAGAAGGGGGCGUUGGCGAUGGCCGGGGACAUGGCGAGAAGAGGGCCGCUUGCCGUGCGAGCGGCGAAGCUUGCUAUUGACGAGGGUUUGGCGAUGGAGGAUGUCGAGCAGGGCAUGGCGAUCGAGCGAAGACUGUACGCCAGAGUCCUCGGCACGAAAGACAGAGACGAGGGGCUAGCGGCGUUUCAGGAGAGACGGCCGCCGGAAUUCACAGGAGAAUAG